ACUGCCAAAGCACCCGCUUCUCCAUUUACCUGGGUGACUCUCCUCACUCGCAUAUCCUACCUCCCCGGAGCCAUUCUUCUCGCCUACAGUCUCCAUCGCCAUAAAUCCAAAUAUCCGCUCUUGGUACUCAUAACCUCCUCAUUUCCAUCAUCGUUACUCCCAUCACUUGAGCGCGAAUGCUCCUUGACAAACGCAUCAAUAUUACACAUAUCAGCUCUCUCCCCUCCACCAGAAAACAGUCCCUCCUCUUUAAUCGCAUCAAGAUUCGAAGACACAUGGACCAAAUUGCGAGUCUUCGAACUCUAUCGAUAUGGCUACGAGAAGCUGGUGUUUCUCGACGCUGAUAUGCUCGUGAUGAGAAACAUGGAUGAAUUAUUUGAGUAUGAAUUACCAGGAAAGGACUGGAUUGCAGCCAAUCAUGCCUGUGUUUGUAACCUGGAUAGCGAUAGCUGGGCUGCGGAAGAUUGGAAGAAGGAAAAUUGCGCUUACACUGGGUUGAAACCAGGAAGUUCUCCGACGCUUGUACCAGAUCUGGCAUUUUCGUCUGGGAAGAGAACACACACACUCUUGAAUAGUGGGAUGUUUAUCUUUUCGCCAUAUCAGUCCCAGUGGGAAGAUAUGUUGAAGUUUCUGCGUUCAGAUGAAAGAGUGAAGGAGUUUUUGUUUCCGGAUCAAGACUUCCUCGCUGAGUAUUUCAAAGGCAGGUGGCAGAGCGUUGGGUGGCAAUACAAUGCAUUGAAAACGAUGCGGUAUUGGCAUAAAAGCAUGUGGCAAGAUGAAGAGGUUCGGAACUUGCAUUAUAUUGUCGACAAGCCGUGGAGUCGGAGGGUUGGAGGGGAUGGCGUUGCGGGGUAUCUUGGUCGUGAUGGAAUCACUCAUCAGUGGUGGUGGGAUGAGUAUGAGAGGUGGGAGACAGAACGUCAGCAGAAGGGAGAAGAAGAGAUAUUG